AGCCAGUGCUUCGAUGGCAUGCAACCUUGAGCGCGAAUCGCUUUGGCACGUUACCUGCGAUCAAAACUAAACCAAGAAGCGCCAACAGGCGGCGUGAGGGGAUCUCGUACAUUGCAUUCCACGCGGCGAAUGCGAUAAGAAAGUCAGCAUGGCUAUAAAAUCAGAGCAACAAUACGAGGAUUUGUUACUGUUCCACGACCGAAAAUGGAAAAUCCAACAUAUUUGGUGCUUCAAUAUUUUCUGUUAUUGUUCUUAGUGUCAUUUUGCAAUUGUUUGGAAUGUUUAGAAAAACAAAUUGUUAAUAAUGAGACGAUUAUCUGGUUUGCACCAUCAAGACCAUCAGUGGCGUCUUCUCCGCUCGACCCAUACAAGCCCGUCUAUUCACAACCAGUUUGUAUCAACGAAAAAGGAUUUGUUGCAUUAAGGGUAUGCAACUUCCUAACUGGCCAAUUUGAAACACCACAACCCGAGUGUCGUAGUAUUCAAAGGAAUGAAUCAUGCAUGGAAGGAUAUACAUUAGCGAACCUACAUAAUGAACAAUUCAUUUGUUAUUUAUUGACCGACACUACACAGAAAUAUAACUCUUCAAUGAAAUGCCCAAACACCCAGUUAUUGCAAACGGCAUCUAAACAAUGGUAUGAACUUCUUAGUGGUACAUAUCCUAUAUGGUUACCAUGGAAACGAAAUGAUGUGAAUGGAGGAGUGGGCGAUUUUGUAAUGCCUUCGCUCUUCUAUUACUAUGCUUCAUAUAUCGAGGAACCAAUAGACUUAUUAGAAGUAUUCGACUCCACCAAAGACUUGCAAAAUCAAACCUGUCUGUCAUUGUACAAAAAUCAUUACAGCACAGACUGUAACUUACAGAGAUACCAUGUUUGCUUGCAAGAAGUGCUGUUAGAAUACAACUUCACAUACCCAGAUUUCUGCAGCAAGAAAAAUUCGGAAUGUUUAACAUCUCCUAAACCGUACUUGAAUGGUAUAACAUGUAUCUGCCCAAGCAUGUGCCCAACCCCAUCGACGCAUCCAUUAGCCAAACGUGACUGUGGCAUAGGUAUUGAAAUAAAUUCAGAUGGCGUUCUCGUUUGGUCGGCCAACCAGCUUCAGGUCAACAACACGUUCUGGGUUCCGAGUUUAGCAGAGUUUCUUCUGGCCGACCCAAGUACAUAUUUUAUAAUAUGGGUAAACAUACAAUCUCCUGGUUGGGCCAUUUCAGAAAUAGAUCCGGGAUGUACAAUGUGCGAAACGUACUGGGAGUUGGAAAAACCCUCGAUUCAAUUAUGGUACAACCCUCAGAAUAAUGAGUUUCUCGUUGAUGUGAAGAAUCCAGAAGGUAUGUUUCAAAUAUCUGAUGAUUUUGGAAUAUUUUGUAACUCUCAUGAAAAUAUGGGCGUUCUAAAAUUGCGGUUUGAAUCUAAUAAAGAAUGGAUUUCUCCGGGGGUAUGGCAAUGUGAAAUAUUUUACAUUGCCGACACUUCAAAAAGCAUUUUAAGCAACAAGGUUUCUGUAUUUGGACUAAUAAAGUACUUAAUUCUUCAAAUAACAUGCACUAAAUUAAUCUCGGAGUGUACUACGGAGGUGGAAGCAAUCAUUCAUUACACGAUUUUACCAUUAACUCGGAUGAAUUUAGUUGUUGAAGACGAGGUCAUUAAAAUUGAUCAAACUUACCAAAUUAAUAUCGUAUUAAACAAGUUUGACAUCGAGAGGGAGAUAUUUGACAGAACAAAAGAAAAGUUUAUAAAUGAAGCCGAACAUUUAAAUCCGAGACUCUACAGCCUAAACUUCUGUGAAGCUUUCUCGGUGUCUCAAAAUGGACAUACGUUAUAUUUUGCGGAAACUCUUGUCAACAACGUGGCAACAACAAAUUGCUCUGAUGUGGACGGAUAUAGGGUAAAAAUCACUUGCGUGGAAGAUCAUACCAACGGCGCCCGAUUCUCGCCAGUACCAGAGUGUUACAGUUAUGAAAGAAAUCGUACCACAGACCUGGCUGAUCUGGAAACAUCUACUGCAGACCCUACCGAAAUUCUAACAAAUCUUACACAAAUCGUGCAAGACAAAGAGUACCCUUUUAGCGCAGGGGACUUGAAUAAAAUUGCAAAUAUAUUAAACAAUGUUGUUGAUUACGUAAUAGAAGAAGAUUUUCUAGAAACCAUCAAUGUAGUGAUGGAAAUAAAUUGGAAUAUUUUAGAAGAAGCACAAACCGAAUUCAAUGCAACCGAUUCAAUCUUAGACAAUAUCGAUAGUGUAUUGUCGUCUUACAAUUUAGAAGAAAACGAACAACAAAUUGAAUUUCCAAACAUCGUGACUUUCAUUAUGAAAAAUACAUCUGAGUAUCGAGGUAUGGGAUUAACAAUGCAAAAUGAAAUCAAAUCGAUAAAAAAACUCACGAUGGAUGAACUCCUUGAAUUGGAAAAUUGGGAAGUUGUUGCAUAUAUAAACUAUACCUUGGAAAAUAUUGACGAAAAUGAGAUAAAUACCGAAAGUGAUUCAGAAACUACUUCGAUUACACUAUUUCAAAACUCUGUGUUGUUCAAUGAACCACCAAACGGUACAAGCGACGAGCAUGAUGUGUACAAACGUGUUUUUGGAAUCCUCGUGCCUGAUGAAUUAUUUUUACAAACCGAGGUAGAAAUUAUUAUAAUAUUCCCAUCGCUUGAAUCUUCAACUGUUAAAGAAGAAUGUGCUCUGUGGCAUUACGGUCAUUUAAUCAAAGGCAGUUGGUUGGCCAGCACAAAUUCUAAGUCAGAUUCGCACUGGAGCAAAUACACGAUCUGCAGUUACAACCACACCACCCAUUUUGGACAACUGUUACUGACACAUGAAAUUCUCAACCCUCUGAGCGAACAAAUUCUAUCAGUGCUGACUUUAAUCGAGUGUAUCUUCUCCUGCCUUGGCAUUCUUGCUAUUUUCUUCACAGCUAUCAUCUUUCCUUCGUGGGGUUUAAAUCAUAUUCGUAUUUUGAACUUUUGCUUUGUAUUGUUGCUGCAAACCGUGCUUCUUUUCAUCAGUACUAAUAUAGCUGAUGUAAGUUCCAACUCGACAGGAUGUGUAGUGGUUGGAGUGAUGUUGCAUUUUAUAGUUUUAUCGCAAUUUUGCUGGAUGGUUGUGGUAGCCGAGAAACAAUUACAGCUUUUUGUGGUCGUGUUCAAUACUAGAUCUUUUGAUACCAAGUGGGUUAUGUUGUUCACUUAUGGUCUGCCGCUGAUCAUUGUUGCAAUCACAUUAGGGGUGGAUGUGAAUACUUAUAGUAGGAAUAGCGUGGAAGCUAUAAAUAUCUGCUAUCCUGAAGGAGGUGCUUUAAUAUUUUCCUUGCUAGUUCCAGGUCUCUUAGCAAUCUUAUGCAACGGUGGAAUAUAUGCGUGGAUCAUUUAUGUCUUGUAUUUCAAGAAGGAGAAAGUUAAAAAGUCAAAUGCCACCUCUGAUCUUGUAUUGAAACUACGCCUCUUUGGACAAUUGUUCUUUACUUUAGGUAUCACGUGGUGGUUUGGGUUAUUAGCUUUCAUCUUUGAGAGUUCAGUGAUGAUCUAUUUAUUUUCUAUUACAACCUCCAUGCAAGGAUUUGUUAUAUUUUUGCUUGUUAUUGUUGCCAAUCAGAAAGUUCGGGUGAUGUAUAAAAUUUGGUACGAUUCUAUUUUGAAACGAUUUUGUGUAAAAUAAUACAAAGCAUCUUAUAUUAUAUUCUCCCCAGCUGUAUGACUAUAUGUAUUAGAAAAUAUAAAUAUGUGGCUAUUAAAAAUUUUAGAGAUAAAUAAAUAUUUUACGCCAGA